GCGGAUUCUGUUAAUCUCUCUUUUAGGAAAAUGGCGGCCCCCGAAUCGCCACUGCCUAAAUCGAGAAGUUGUCAGAGCUCCUCUACGCUUUCCCCGCCCCGGGGCGACCGAACCCUCCUAGUGCGGCACCUACCCGCAGAGCUGACUGCUGAGGAGAAAGAGGACUUGCUGAAGUAUUUCGGGGCGCAGUCGGUCCGCGUCCUCUCGGAUAAGGGGCGACUGAAACAUACAGCUUUUGCUACUUUCCCUAAUGAAAAAGCAGCUAUAACGGCAUUGACAAGACUCCAUCAGCUGAAACUUUUAGGUCAUACUUUAGUUGUUGAGUUUGCAAAAGAGCAAGAUCAAGUUCACUCUUUAUCAUCUUCUUCAAACACUGAAAAAAAGAAAAGAUCUGAUGACCAUACAGAAGAUGACAAAGAAAAGAAAGAACUUGGUUGUUUAACAAUAGAAAAUGGAAUUGCACCAAACCAUGGGUUGACCUUUCCUCUAAAUUCAUGCCUCAAAUAUGUGUAUCCACCACCUUCAAGUACAAUCCUAGCAAACAUAGUAAAUGCCUUGGCAAGCGUGCCAAAGUUCUAUGUACAAGUUCUUCAUCUUAUGAAUAAAAUGAACUUGCCCACACCUUUUGGACCAAUUACUGCACGACCUCCUUUGUAUGAAGAUUAUAUGCCAUUGCAUGCACCUCUACCACCUGCAUCUCCUCAGCCACCUGAGGAACCUCCUUUGCCAGAUUUGGAUGAGGAAUUAUCUAGUAAAGAAUCAGAAUAUGAAAGCAGUGAUGAUGAGGACCGACAGAGAAUGACCAGAUUAAUGGAACUAGCAAAUCUUCAGCCCAAAAGACCAAAAACAAUAAAGCAACGCCCUGUGCGGAAAAAACGAAAAAUAAAGGAUAUGUUAAAUACACCUUCAUCUACUUCACACGGUAAUUUACAUCCCGUGCUGUUACCUUCAGAUGUAUUUGACCAGCCACAACCUGUAGGUAAUAAAAAAAUUGAAUUCCAUAUAUCUACUGGCAUGCCAGCAACAUUUAAGAAAAAUUUAGAAAAGGAACAAAAUUGUGAGGAACAAAAUUAUGAUUUAUCUGAUACUGAAGUUGAUGCAUCAAAUGUAGGAUUUGGAAAAAUCUUCCCAACACCUAAUUUGAACAUCACAGAGGAGAUUAAAGAAGACUCUGAUGAAAUGCCAUCAGAAUUUAUUUCUAGAAAGGAGUUGAAAAAGGGCAAAAUUUCUAGAGAAGAAAUGGACACACUUUCGAUAUUUAGAAGUUAUGAACCCGGUGAACCAAACUGUAGAAUUUAUGUAAAGAAUUUAGCUAAACAUGUUCAAGAAAAGGACCUUAAAUUCAUUUUCGGAAGAUAUGUUGACUUUUCAUCAGAAACAGAACAGAUAAUGUUUGAUAUCCGCUUGAUGAAAGAAGGUCGCAUGAAAGGACAAGCUUUUGUUGGACUUCCAAAUGAAAAGGCAGCAGCAAAGGCCUUGAAGGAAGUUAAUGGAUAUGUUCUUUUUGGAAAACCGAUGGUGGUUCAGUUUGCUCGAUCUGCUAGACCAAAACAAGAUUCUAAAGAAGGAAAAAGAAAAUGUUAAAAAUUAAUAAAGGUUCCUUUUGAGUUCCAUACCUUCAAGUACUUUGCUGCUUUGAGGAGAAGAAGUUGGCUACCUGGACUAUGGAACUGUGCGUAACAGCUUAUAAAGUGUAUUUAAAAAUUAAAUCUGUGUGUAUUUAAAUCAGUUGAUUGGAGAUGCAGUGCAUGUGUUUUAAUCACUUUCUUCAUAUAUAAUAAAUAAUUU